CUCUAUGCCUCUGCACGCAGAGUGGAGCAGACGGCAACAGCCACACAAACACACUCCCCUCUCAGUUACAUGCACAGUCACACACAUACCACACGCACACACCACCACCACCACCUCCACAACCACCACCACAGCCGCCGCCGCUGCUGCCGCCACCACCACCAGCACCACCACCACACACACACAGUGACGGCUGCCAGGCGCAGUGGGAAGCAAACCGUCAGGGAGAGAGCUUGAGAAGAAAGAGAAGGAUUGCAGAGGGGAAGAGAAGAAAAGGGAAGAGAGUUGGAGGAGGCACCUUGUGGAUCAGAAGGGAUUUUCCUCUGUGUGAGUGCGCGUCUGGAUAAGGCUAUCUGCUUCUUCCUGACUGAGAGGAGUUUUUACCCAGGCUUUUUCUUUUUGCUCAUCCUCCACGCCGGGCUCCAGCGAUAUCUACCUAUCUAUCCCCAGAGCUUAACAAAAGAGGGAGGGAGUAAGAGAGAGUGAGGAAAAAGGCAGUCACAGCUUCAGCUCCAGACCACCCUCUCUCCUCCUCCUCCUCCUCCUCCUCUCCUCCUCUUCUCUCUCUAGCUCCACAUCCAUGUGUGAGUUCAUCGCUGAUUUCACUGUCUUUUGAGGAUAGAGCAGAGGACAGCGUGCGUUCUCCAGGAUACAGCCGAGCUCCCAGUGGGAUCAGGGUCUCGUCUGGUGUGUGUGUGAGAGAGAGGGAGGAAGAACGAGACAGGGAAACGGAUACACAGGAAGAGAGAAAGAGACGGAGGGAGACAAGCAGAGAGAGAGAGACACUGGAAAUUGAAGGGGCAUGUUCAGGGCAGCAGAGAAGAAGAAGAGUGAGUCUGAUUUUUAGAGCGGAGAGUGCACGGAACCGUCAACCGAUUCCCAUCCAUUCCUUCUUUCCUCCUCCUCGUCAUCCUCUUCUUCUUCUUCUUCCCUCUCCUUUUACCCUCUCUCCGUCCUGCUAUUUAAUCUCCCCUAUUGUUUCCUGUAUUGCCUCCUACUAUCCUUUCAUAUCUUCCUUUCCUCACCCUCCACCUCCGUCUUCCCAAACCUCUUUUCUGCUGCCACUCCAGAUUCUUCUCUCUGUCUCUUUUUCCAGACCCACAGGAAGAAUUGUUUUGUGAGGUUCCCUCUGAGCUCCCAGACAAGUAGACAGACUAAUAUCCCAAGUACUAACUGUCCUCCUAUCCAUCCCUUCCUCCGUGCGUUUAUCACACACACACACACACGUCAGUAAGAGGAGAGCGUUCUCUCUCUGCAUCCCUCGACUCUUGGAAACAGUCGUCUGAAGGAUCCAGGCCAGCCCCUUGGAGUGAUCGUACCCCACCUGUGAGCUUCUCUCUCCAGCCUCCAGGACCUUCAAUUGGAUUCCAGCUACAUGGGAAAACGUUUGGAGCAGCAGCCAAUGUACCCCCACUACACCUACUACUACCCCCACUAUCUCCAGACCAAGCAGUCCUAUGCUCCUCCCCCGCAACCCAUGGCUCCACCCAGCCCCGGCACCACAGGAGGUGGAGGUGGAGGUGGAGGAGGAGGAGGAGGAGGUCAGGGAGGAGGGCUAAUGGAGCAGCUAAGUAAGACCAACCUGUACAUCAGAGGCCUGCCGCCGGCCACCACCGACCAGGACCUCAUCAAACUCUGCCAGCCAUAUGGGAAGAUUGUGUCAACAAAGGCCAUCCUGGACAAGAACACCAAUCAAUGCAAAGGCUAUGGUUUCGUGGACUUUGACAGCCCUGCAGCAGCCCAGAAGGCUGUGGCCUCGCUCAAAGCCAGUGGAGUCCAGGCACAGAUGGCGAAGCAACAGGAGCAGGACCCCACCAACCUUUACAUCUCCAAUCUGCCGGUGUCCAUGGACGAGCAGGAGCUGGAGAACAUGCUGAAACCCUUUGGUCACGUCAUUUCCACACGGAUACUGAGGGACGCCAAUGGCCUCAGCAGAGGAGUUGGCUUUGCCAGGAUGGAGUCGACAGAGAAGUGUGACGUGGUGAUCCAAAAUUUCAAUGGGAAAUUCUUGAAAACCCCUCCAGGCAUGACAGCCCCUGCAGAGCCGUUGCUGUGCAAGUUUGCUGAUGGAGGCCAGAAAAAGAGGCAGACCCAGGUCAAGUAUCCCCAGAAUGGCAGACCAUGGACACGGGAAGGAGAGAGUGGUAUGGCGUUGACGUAUGAUCCCACUGCAAUGCAGAACGGGUUUUACUCUUCACCAUACAGCAUCUCCACCAAUCGGAUGAUUGCACAGACGUCAAUCACACCCUUCAUCGCUGCCUCUCCUGUCUCCACAUAUCAGGUCCAGAGUACAUCUUGGAUGCCACAUCAACAGUAUGUUAUGCAACCUACAGGUGCUGUCAUCACUCCAGCCACGGCCAUAGAGCCCAGUUUGUCUCUUCACCCCUCCAGUGUUAUGGCUCCUCUCACCCAGCAGAUGAACCACCUGUCUCUGGGCACUACAGGCACUUACAUGCCUGCUGCAGCAGCUGCUCCUAUGCAAGGAACCUACAUUCCCCAGUACACUGCAGUGCCUGCCUCUGCCAUCACAGUGGAAGGCGUGGUGACAGAUCCAUCUCCACAAACAGCCGCCCCAUCCUCACAGGACGCCAGCGGGCAGCAGCCUUUGUCAGUGGAGAGUACAGGAGAUCAUGCCACAGCCUACUCUUACCAGCAGACUAAAUAACAAGAUUGGUAGGAAUCAUUGCUGCAUUGCCUUUAGAAGGACUGCACUGAGGGGCUGGAGACACAGAGAGAAUUAAAAUGAAACAGGGACAAAGAAAAAGAGGUGAUAUGGACAACACUGAGGGGAGAAUGCUUCCACUGUGCACAGGCACCAAAUAAAAGACAAAAUGAAGAAAAAAAUCAAUUAUAUUUCUUACAAGGUCGAACUAAGAAAAAGACAGAAGAAUAAAGAAAUGAUGGUUUGCUGAACCUGAGGACGAUGAAAUCAAACACAGUCUGCAACUUUGAGUUUAUCAUUUCUCACCGUGAGAAUGGACUUUGCCUCCAAAGGAAAAAGAGAAGACAUAGACUGAAAUCUAAACUCAACCAACAAGCUGUACAUAAAAAAAGAACAUUUGAAUGUGCAGGUAGAUUUUCAGACUUUUUUAUCAAAAAAAAAAAAAGAAAAUAAGAAAGGAAGCAAAGUCUAGAAAAAACAGGUUGUCUUCCUUUGAUAUUAAGCUACGUUAUUUUCAUUCUUUUUAUUAUUUGAGUAGUUUUCUAGAAUAUCAAUGUUUUCGUAAAUCUUUAUUGCCUUAAUUUUCUCAAACUUUGGGGAAAAGUUUCCAUAGUGUUGAAUUAUUAGACAAAAAAGACUGAGUGAUUGAAUGAUUUGAGAGGUUCUUGGAGUUUCCGAGAGCCUUGAAGAUAAAAUCUACGAAGCUAUCUGUACAGGAUAAAAAAAAAAAAAAAAAAAAGGUUGUAUUUGUAUGAAGAUGAUUUUAAAUUAUGUGGUGCAGUGCAGCUAGUGUUGGUUCAUAGGAAAAAAAAAAUCUUCUUUAAUGCGACUUGUGGAAAAGGUGAAUCAACCUCUCCCUGGAAAAUGCAGUUUAGUUUAAUCAUGGGAUAAAAGUUCUGUUUGUCCAUUGCAUUUGUAUUUUCUUUUUUCUGUUUGUUUUGUUUUUUGGUCUUUUUACCUUUCAAAAAUAUGUUUUUGCUUUGCCUGCUUUGCUUGUCUCACUGCAAAAAGAAAAGUUAAAAAAAAGGAACAUUUCUGACUUUGAGAAAAAGCAGAGAAAAAAACGCAAGGAUUUUUAAAUGUGCAAAAAGCAAUAGUUUUAGUAAAACUGUUGACAGUUUCUUGAGUCUUUCUUAACUGUUGAACAAACGCAGCCUCCAGGUGGCAUAUUUUAUACCAAAGAUGAAGAAACUAAGUAGUGAAGAGAUCUUCCUUAUGUUGCUGAAUCUUUUUUUCCUUGCUUUUCACGCUGUUGGUGUGAGCUGAUUUUACCAGUGACCGAGCACAUGCAGGAGGUGUUUAACAAAGUUGCCUCAACCAGAGGAGGGUUCUCUGAGAUGUUCCCUAUGUCAUGUGAUCAAAUGUGGUGAUGAUCUGAAGUGGCGCCGUAACAUCUGUUGAGAGACCAUACGUCCUGUGGUAUGGAGAUACUGAAAGCAGAAGCUAUAUUAUUGGGAAUAAGUUGGUGUAGUAUAUUUUAAGUGGUAAAGAGGCUGAAAGGCAUUAAAUCCUGUGGAAUACUUGCGUGUACUGUUUGAACUCGUGUACACACCAACAACACCGUCCUCAGGCUGCGUCGACCAAUCUCACAUCCUGAACGGCGACACUGGCUUCUGUAGCUCAUUAUGACGGCUUCCCGAAAAACACUCUAGAGCUAAUGAUUUUGAAACUCAUAGUCUCAGUCCACGCACCAAACUGUUGUACACCGCUGUCUUGCCAAACACAAGCCAUUGAAAAUGUGAGCAGGGCGACGAUCUCUGUAAGAUGAAAGGGCAUUUCUGUUGAACAAAAUCAUUUCAGAUUAUGUAUAUUCUCCUAGAAGGACAAGGAGAUAGUUUUUAUCUUUUUUGUGUUGCCUUUUUUUGUCUUAUUUUUUUGAGAACUGAUUAUGAUAUGUGAGCUGCUAAACACUUUUCAGUAUUUGGGAUUGAGGCUAGCUUGUAAUGGGUGGGUGUGGAAGAGGUGUGUCCCCAGAAUUGACUAUUUUAUGCCGGGAUAAAGACGAUUAUUUGCACUGACUAAGAGUGCAUGAGUUGAGAACAAAAAGCAAAAAAAAAAAAGAAAACACUAAAUGGACUUUAACUGGCUGACGCCGGCUCUGAGGUCACGUCCUCAAAGCCCCACCGACCUGACUCUCCACCAAUGAAAGGAAGCUAAUGGAAACAGAGGAACAGACAUGAACAGAAAAAGGAUGGUUCAACCAAAAUCAAGCAGAUACAAACCUCUAACCGAGAGUAACCUAUUGAAAGAUGAGAGAAAGAGAGAGAGAGAGAGUAGAGAAAGCGAGAACAAAAGUAAUAUUUAUGAGAUCCUUUUUGUACAGGUGUGUAAAAGAAGAUGCAACAGAAAUAACUUUGAUGAUGCUAUUUUUUUAUUUGCUUGGUCACAUGCCUCCCAUGUCUUUCAAAUUGUGAUUCUGAGAGUGUCUGUAGAACCAGUGGAUAUUGCUGUAGUUCCAAAUGUCUCUUUUCUUUUUGUUUUCUUUUUAGACAAAUCUUUCAAUAAAAAAAUGUUUCAAACAGUCAACAA